AUGAACGGAACAGAACCCUCAGCAAGAGGCAAGAGAAAGGCUCAAAUCUCUCCCGGCCACUCACCAGCAGUCAAGCGUGCCACCAACGGCAAGCUGUCCCCUGGUGACAAUACUCCAGAUGUCGUUGAUAUUGCACCGUACGACGGCGUGUCAGGCGAGUCAGAAAUUGAUGACAUUGACGCCAGCACUCCCAUUUACAUAGACACACCUGGAAGCUUGGGCGAGUGGCAGGACACAAUUCAAAAGGUCGUGCGGAACGUGGUCGCAAUUCGGUUUUGCCAGACCUGUUCUUUCGAUACCGAUCCAGCCUUGACGAGUGAGGCCACCGGCUUCGUCGUGGAUUCGGAACGAGGAUACAUCCUUACGAACCGACAUGUCGUCGGCGCCGGACCCUUCUGGGGCCACUGCGUCUUUGACAAUCACGAAGAAGUGGAUUGCUAUCCCGUUUACCGCGACCCUGUACACGACUUCGGCAUCCUUCGAUACGAUCCCAAGGGGAUCAAGUAUAUGCACGUUGAUGGCUUAGACUUACGUCCAGAUCAGGCUCAAGUUGGCGUCGAAAUCCGGGUUGUCGGUAACGAUGCCGGUGAAAAGCUCAGUAUUCUGUCGGGCGUAAUCAGCCGCCUCGACCGGAACGCUCCCGAAUACGGGGAGGGCUACAGCGACUUCAACACAUGCUACUACCAGGCCAAUGCUGCUGCCAGUGGUGGUAGCUCCGGUAGUCCUGUCGUCGCCAAAGAUGGCUCUGCUGUUGCUCUCCAGGCUGGUGGCCGCUCCGAUGGCGCAUCGACUGACUAUUUUCUACCGCUUGAUCGACCAUUGCGCGCUCUCAAGUGUAUUCAACAAGGUAAACCCGUCACGCGUGGUGACAUCCAGUGUCAGUUUCUGUUGAAGCCAUUUGAUGAGUGCCGUCGACUGGGUCUGACACCUGAGUGGGAGGCGGAGAUUCGAAAGGCCUUCCCCAACGAAACGAACAUGCUUGUUGCCGAGAUCGCUCUGCCAUCUGGGCCCUCGGACAGCAAAAUAGAGGAAGGUGACGUCCUUGUCAAGGUGAACGGGGAGCUCAUUACUCAGUUCAUUAGGCUCGACGACAUCUUGGACUCGAGCGUAGGCAAGACCAUCAAGGUCCAACUGCAGCGGGGCGGUGAGGACAUUGAGGUGGAAAUCGAGGUUGGGGACUUGCACAGCAUCACGCCCGACCGCUUUGUGUCAGUCGCUGGCGCAAGUUUUCACAACUUGUCCUAUCAGCAAGCCCGCCUCUAUGCAGUGGCUGUCGAGGGCGUAUAUGUUUGUGAAUCUGCCGGGUCUUUCAGGUUUGACAAUCACGACAACGGCUGGAUCGUUCAGACCAUCAAUCACAAGAAAGUUCCCGACCUCGACACGUUUAUCCAAGUCGUCGGGACAAUUCCUGACAAGGCGAGAGUGGUGGUCACCUACAAGCACCUUCGCGACCUGCACACCCUCAACACGACGGUUGUAUACGUGGACAGACACUGGUCCUCCAAAAUGAAGCAGGCAGUUCGAAAUGACAAAACAGGCCUAUGGGACUUUACCGACUUGGGAGAUCCGCUGCCACCAGUUCCGCCGGUUCGCCGGUCAGCAUCCUUCAUCGAACUGGAUCACAUGCCUCAUCCUGGCAUUGCAGAACUGAUAAGAAGCUUCGUCCACGUCAACUGCACCAUGCCGGUAAAGCUGGAUGGAUUUCCCAAGAACCGCAGGUGGGGCAUGGGGCUAGUUAUCGACGCCGAAAAGGGUCUCGUCUUAAUUUCGAGAGCUAUUGUCCCCUACGACCUCUGUGACAUCACUGUCACCAUUGCCGACUCCAUCUUCGUGGAAGGCGAAGUUGUUUUCCUGCACCCACUUCAAAACUAUGUCAUCAUCCAAUACGACCCGGCUCUCGUCGAUGCCCCUGUCAAGAGCGCUAGAUUGAGCAGCGAGCACCUCAGCCAAGGUGCCAAGACUUACUUCCUGGGUCACAACAGAAUCGGUCGUGUUGUGCACAGUGCUACAACCGUUACUGAAGUCACAGCUGUCACUAUUCCCGCCAACUCUGGCGCCCCUCGUUACCGUGCAAUCAAUGUGGAUGCUAUCUACAUCGACGGCAACCUCGGGUCUACCUGCAACAGCGGUGUUUUGGUCGCCCCUGACGGAACUGUCCAGGCACUGUGGCUUUCGUACCUUGGCGAACGAUCACCCUGCAGCCAACGAGACGAGGAGUACUAUCUCGGACUUGGGACGCCAACCUUGCUGCCUGUCAUUUCCACAAUUCAAAAGGGCGAAUCGCCGAAGCUGCGGUUACUCUCGGUCGAGUUCAGAGCGAUACAAAUGUCACAGGCAUCCGUCAUGGGUGUUUCUGAUGACUGGAUCAAGAAGGUUACGCAGGCCAAUCGAUCUCACCACCAGCUCUUCAUGGUCAGCAAACGAACUUUUGAAAGGGUCAACCAGCCAGUGUCUCUGUUAGAGGGCGACAUCAUUUUGACUUUGAACGGCAAAAUUUGUACCACCAUUUCUGACUUUGAUGUCAUGUAUUCCAAUGACGUGCUCGACGCCGUCAUUGUCCGAGAGUGCGAAGAGCUGCCCUUGCAGUUGGCCACUGUUCCGGCAGAUGACAUCGAGACCGAUCAUGCCGUGUCAUUCUGUGGCGCCAUUCUGCACCGGCCCCAUCAGGCUGUUCGUCAACAGAUUAGCAAACUUCACAGCGAGGUGUACGUGUCCAGCAGAAUCCGUGGCUCGCCAGCCUAUCAGUAUGGUGUUGCACCUACCAACUUCAUCACACAUGUCAACGGCCAGCCUACGCCGGACCUGGACUCAUUCAUUGCUGCGACACCCCCGCGCGCGGGAAAUGCAUAA